AUGGCUAAAGGCCACGGUUCAGAAGGCUCUACACACCAACCAAAGAUACAACCCGAGCCCUCAAAACCGAAAGCCUCCAAACAUGUUGAAUCCUCGAAGCGCACCGAAUCCUCAUUUGAGGAAGAGCCAGAAAAGUCUUCUAAGAAGCGCAAGGCAGGAAAUCUGGAAGCUGCCCAGAAGAAGAAAUCAAAGAAGCAUAAAUCUAAACGUUCUAAGGGAUCGCAUGAGAAGGAUCUCACCGAAGUCUCAGAAGGUCGCAAGGCUGAAGGAAAGCGAGCCGAAUCCUCUCAUGAGGAGGAGGCGAAGGCAUCAGAAGAGAAACAAAGGACUGAUCAAAUUGACGAAGUUGAAGUUGAAGUUGAACAUGAAACCCAAUCAACUGCUGUCUUACCAGCAGAAGAGGAACCGAGGGAAGCUCAACUUGAAGACUGUCACCGAGUUCUUCCCCCUCCUCUUGAUCUUUCCAGGGAAGAUAGUGAUGAGGAAGAUCAAAUGCCUCUUACUAGGCUACUGAAACCGACGACUCCUCAAAUCGAAUUAUCCUCUGUACCGUCUGUCUUGGAGUCUUUACCACCUCCCGAACCCUUGGUUACUGAACCUGAAAGUCCCAUUGCUCCCAUAUCCAGAACACAACAGCUGGUAAUCACUUUGCCACGCGAAAGAAAUGAGUCAGGAUCCGAAUCAACAAUGAUAGAGGAAGAAUCUGAGGGAGAUGAUGCUGAGGUCUGUGAUUAA